CGGACAUCUAUAAAGAGAGGCUGGGGUGCAGCUGCAGGGUGCCUCCAGCCCAGCGUCGCAGAGAUGGCCAUAGAAUUCGAGACAUUAAACAUGCCGUACAAUCGGGCCGUCCCGUGCGGCUUGGAGGUGGAUUCUUGGGUUCUGCUGGAAGGCCUCAUCCUGAAGCCAAGCAAAGGAUUUCAUGUGGACUUCGCUUAUGGCCAGUUCCUUGGGGCCAACAUCCCUCUGAAGUUCGAACUCCGCUUCGAGAAGACCCCAGCUUCCUCCACCAGAGCCAUCUUGAGCCUCAACAGCUUUGCAAAUCGACAGUGGGGGAAAGAGAUCCGGAUGGUGACUCACUUCCAGCAAAGCCAAAGGUUCAAGCUCCAUUUCAUCAUCACCAGCAAAGGUUACAAGAUAAUGGAGAACGACAUUUUGCUUUCCGAGUUCGACCACCGCCUUUCUCCCAAGGCCAUCCGUUUCCUGGAAAUGGACGGGGACAUCAAGCUGGAGAAGGUGGCCUUCAGCUGGGAGAGGAACAGGGAAACCAGGAACCCUUGAUUUGGUGAAGGCUGGCAAGAGGAAGAGCCCUGCAAAUCAAAUCAUGCAUCCACACCAUUUUAUGUAGCUUAUUUUGCAGCCAACAUCCAGGGCUAUCCUGCUGUCAUUCUGAGGUGGAAUCGUGGCAUCCUAAAUCUUUUAGACAGUGUAUUUUGGGUGUGUCUAAUAUCUGGCAAAUUAAAAGAAAU